UCUUUCGUGAAAUGGACUCUAUAUUGGACAAACACGGAGCAAGCUACUCCUUUCUGAUGAACAAAAAACGGUAAUUCAUGUCCCAAAUCUUAGUCUACUUGGGGCCUACUAUAAUUACAUGCUCUGUGGGGCCUACUUUAUUUACUUUCAAGGAAAACCACUUAUUUUCGUCUAACAAUAUAAUCAAACUAAUGAAUGAUAGUGUAUAUAUAGACAAUGCUGAUAAAAUCAAUGAAGCAGUAUUUCUUUUCGGAUUUCAUAUUAUUUUCUAAUAGUAUCAAUAAAUAAGAGUAUUUAUUACCUUACGCGGUAACCCUGAACAUAGUGAUGUCAUAGUGGCGUAUAUUUACUGUCCCUUUCAUCAGCGACACGCUUUGCCGGCUUACACUUAGACUAUAGGAUUCUGUCAAGUGUUAUCUCUGUCUUUUAAACUCUUUGCUGUCUACGCUGACGCUGUCUAUUAUCUACGGUAAACAGCUAAUAUUAUGCGUCUUGUUUUUGAGGUUACCUGUCAGUAGUAUAAUAGUAUUAUUGUAAUUUAAAUUCGUUUGAUUUGAUUAUAUUACACGUAAACUAAUUAGAAAUUAUGGCAAAGCAUCACCCAGAUCUUAUUUUCUGUAGAAAACAACCAGGUGUUGCUAUUGGCCGAUUAUGUGAGAAAUGUGAUGGUAAAUGCGUGAUAUGCGAUUCCUACGUACGUCCCUGCACCCUGGUGAGGAUAUGUGACGAGUGUAACUAUGGAUCUUAUCAGGGACGAUGUGUAAUCUGCGGUGGCCCCGGCGUUUCCGACGCUUACUAUUGUAAAGAAUGCACUAUACAGGAAAAAGAUCGGGACGGGUGUCCGAAGAUUGUGAACUUGGGUAGUUCUAAGACUGAUCUGUUCUAUGAGAGGAAAAAGUAUGGAUUUAGAAGACACUAACUAUUGUGUUACUAGGAUAACAUUUUAUUGUAUAAUUAUUAUUAUUAUUUAAAGACAAACUUCAUAAAGUUUAACCCGUGGUAUGCCAGAAUGCAGAUUAUAUGAGACACACGCAAUAUGUUUUCUAUUAUAUCUCAUAUACAGGCAUACAAGAGGUAAAGACUGCACGGUUGGUGCGGUGGCUGGGCAACCGGGUGCCGAGCAAUGUGUGGCGGGUUCGAUACCCGCACGG